AUGGCGAAUCUUGAGCAGGGCAGUGAGGAAUGGCUGGAGGCGAGAAGGAACAGAUUGACUGGAUCAAACUUUGGAGCAGCAGUGGGGCAUAACAAGUUCAAGUCCCCUCUACAACUGGCGCAUGAGAUGCUCUACGGAACUUUCGAAGGUAAUGAAGCGACGAGAUGGGGAAACGCGCACGAGCAAGUUGCGUGCCACGAGUACAUCCUAGCAAAGAAACAACUCUUGUGUACCGGGGGAAAUGAGGACGACGUGGAUUUUUCUGUGAGCCACUCGGGGCUAAAUCCCCAUGAGACAAAGCAUUGGCUUGCCGUCAGUCCUGAUGGUCAUGUGCGAGAGAACGGCGUCACGGCUAUCCUGGAGAUCAAAUGCCCGUUCAAAAGAAAGCUGUAUCCUGAGAUCCCCUCUUACUACAUGGAUCAAAUACAGGGCAUAAUGGGAGUUCUGUCGGUGCCCUGGACAGAUUUCUGUGUUUGGACUCCAGACGAGUUCUCAAUUCAGCGUGUCGCCUUCAACAAGGAAUACUGGGAAUCGCAACUGUAUCCUGGACUAGAACGGUUCUAUCACGAGGUAUUCAUCCCUGCAUACUUAGAUCGAGAAGAAUCAAGAGUGAUGGGUGAUGAAAGCAUCCCGCCUUAUCCAAGUUAG